AUGGCCCUGCUGCUAAGUUGGUAUUACCCUGCUUGCAAGUGUAACAAAAAGGUGUACCCAGCUGAGGACAUGUACUUUUGUGAAGCCUGUGUUCGCCAUGUUGUUACUGCAAUUCCUAAAUACAAAAUUCGUUUGAGGGUUAUGGAUGCUAAAGAUUCGACAACCUUUGUUUUAUUUGAUCAAGAGGACAACAACCUUCUUAAUAAGCCAUGUUCUGAAUUGGUUGAAAAAUGCCAUAAGGACCCUAGCGAUUCUCAGGUUCCGUCGGAGAUUAUGAGUUUGAUUGAUAAGUCAUUUUUAUUCAAGAUUGAAGUUGACAACAGUUCCAACACAUGGUUUGAGUCAUCUUAUAAGGUGAAGAGAAUUUGUUCUGAUCCUGAAGUCAUUUCCCAGUUUAAGAACGCAAAUCCCCACUUAGAAAGCUCUCCUCCCUAUAUGCUUUUAACAACUCCUAGCUCAGGGAAUGUUGGCCAAGGAUCUUCUUCAAGUUUUGCUAAGGAUCUUAAUGAAGAUUUUAAUGUUGCAGGUGGGCUUUCUUCAAACAAUUCCCCUGCUGUUGAUAUAAGUAGAGGUUGUCAAGAAGGUUCUAUAGUGUUGGCUCCUGUUUCUGAACUGAAGAUGCAGUUCGAAACCCAAAAGAAAUCCAACAAGGGAAAGGCAGAAAUUCUACCUAAAAAAGAUUAUCUUGAUGUUUGUAAGGAUUCGAAUGGUGCUCCCGGUGGUUCUUCUACAGCCUGCGAUCCAUCUAACUUGAUCAAUGAACCUGCUGCUGUUGAAGCCUCUUCUAAAUCAGUUAGUGGUGUUAAUGGAUCAUCCCCGCUAGAAAAUACUGAGCUUUCAGCAACUAAGCACGAUGAUCUGGUCCUGAAAUUUCCUUUGCACUUUUUAGUUUCUUGA